AUGUCAGGUCUUAGGUAUUUAAUAAUUCCUCGCUUAACUAUUUCAGUGAAGAUUGGUUACAACUUUCAUGAAGAUGGAACUAUCAGUGGUUACUGCAUUCCAAAAAUACAUGAGACAUUCCCAGGGAUCCCUGAAAACAUUUACCUCUAUAUAAACAUAUUGUUCCACGUAAUUGCAAUUGGAACUCAAAUCACCAUAACUCUUUUCAUUCUAAACACUAUGAUUAAAAGUAUGAAUGAGAAAGGAGCUUCUAAGGCUACUGUCAUCAACUUUUGUAUAAAUUACACCGCAACUAUCUUUUUAGCUUCAUUGCUUUUCAAUGAUUCGAUAACUCUUAAAAAGGUUAUUGGAGUUACCUUUAUAGUCUUUGGGACUUCCUUAAUAGCUAGUAUUAAGGAGGAAGAUCAUAAGAAAGUAAUAAAAUAUGACAUUGUGGAAUCCGAUUCAGUCAAGACUGUCUGA